AUGCCCCCCACAUUGUACAUCCUGGUGCUAGUCGCCUCGCCCCUCGACUACGCCCGCUACCGCCAUACAGCCCUGCACCUCGACUUCGGCGACAAAAGUCCCAGUCCCUCUGAGAACCCCUCCGCCGAGUCGCACAUCAGAUCCUGCACCAUGGAAAUCGUCGGUCUACCGGGCUUCUUCAGCUUCUCCGAGCGUAUAAACGCCGACCUCCCAACCCAGAAAACCACCCUCGCCCGCGCAAUACCCGUCGGCGAGAUCCUCGCCCCCGCGCCGGCAGUGCGGGCUGUGGUGUCGCGGACGCCUAUCCCGGACACGGCAGGGGACUGGAACAGCCAGAACUGGGUGGGUGAUGCGCUGGCGCGGUUAGUGCAGGCGGGAUAUCUGGAUGCGGGGGGGGGUGGGCGGGCGCUGGAUAAGAUGGUUGAUACGGUGGUGGAGGCGGGGGAUGAGAAGAUUGCGUAG